UCUUUUACUUUCAUAAUAGAAGAAAAUGCUUGCUAAAAAAACAGGAAAGAAGCAGUUCAGAAGUUAUGCUAUUCUGGGUUUGUCUGUAGCUGAUAUGAAUAAAGAUCAACUUGAAAAUCAUGUGCAUCAACUUCAGCAAGAAGUUGAAAAAGAGAAAGAAGAGAGAAAUUUUUUUCAAAUAGAGAGAGAUAAAAUUCAGCUAUUUUGGGAAGUUACAAAGACUCAACUGGAAGAAAAAGAUGCUCUCCUUCAGUUGAAAGACAGUGAAUUUGAUGAAGCUGAGCUUUCACACCUUGCAGAAAUUAAGCUAUACAAACAAAAAAUGAAGCAGGUUAUGUUUGAAUGUCAGCAAAAUAUUGACGAGAAAAUGAAAGAAAAAAUGGGUGAAAAAUUAAUAAUAGAAGAAGAGCAACGAAUGAAAAUCGAUAGCUUGGAAAAAGAAAUAAAUAAGUUAAAGGAUGACAUUUUCCAACUAAAAAUAAGUCAUGAAAAUGCUGCUAUGGAGCAAAGACUGAAAUAUGGGGAAGAACUUUGUGCUCUUCAUGAAAAAUAUCAAUCUGAAAUAGAUAUAAUUAAAAAUAAAGAAGUAGAAGAAAUCGGAAACAUUAAAAAUCAACUCUGUAUUCUGCAAAGUAAAACAAUUGAAGAGGUUGAAACUCUGAAAGAUGCACAUACUCAGCAUUUAAUUCAAACCCAUGAAGAACUUGUUCAAAAAAUGAAGAACUACUAUAAUAUGAUAAUUAAGAAUAAUGUACUUAUGAUUAACUCAAUGAAGGAAAAGUUACAGGCUUCUGUAAGGAAAGAAUGUUUUUUGAAAGAUGCUAUAACUGAUCUGCAGACAGAAAAUAAGAGGUUGGGUGAAAAAAUUGCCGAUUUCCAGCAAUGUAUAAAUAAAAGAAACUCUUUCCAGGAUGAAACACACUAUUCAGCAAUUGAAUCUGCUUUAAGAAACACUCAAAGGGAAUUAAAGCAUGUGAAAUCUCAAAAUGAUUUUCUUUUUGCUAGACUACAAGAGGUAAAUAUUAAAAAAUAUUUUAUUUCAUUUUUUAUGCUGAUUGAUAUGUAAACUUAGUUAACAAAUUUAGCUGGUCAUCUAAUUUGUGGCACCCAGGGCUGGUCUGUGGCAAUUUUUAAGUGUAAGCAAAAAUAUUUUUGGCACUCUAUACGUUAAGGAUAAUAAUAAAUAUACUGUACAGAGUGAAAUUAAUUUUGUUCUUAAUACUUUUUAGUAAGUCAAAGUCUACACAUUUUCUAUACUUAUUUUUUUAUUUAAAAAUGCGGUACAAAUUACUUUUAUAAUAUACUUUUAUGUAAAUUCAAUAGCGUGGAGAAAAAAAAUACUCUACCCUAACCAAUUUUAGAAGAGCAAUCAAAAUAUUAGAUAUCUACAUAAUGUUUGCAUUUUUAUCUACUUUUCAUUUAUGACAGGCAUUCUCAGAUGAAAAGAAAGUAUUGUUUGCAUACGAUUUUAAAUCUUAAUUUUUUAUAUUUUGAAAUCAUUUUAUUUGAUAAUGAUAAAGAAAAAUUGGAUAAUAAAGUGUAACAUUUUGUUUUGCUUCAUAGUUUAACAUGCCAAAAUACAGAGCAUGAACGAAAUAUUGCAAACAUUUCAAAAUUGUUCAAAUGUUUACACAUUGGACUAUCAGAUGCAUACAGAUAUUUCAUUCAAGAGUUUCUUACUUUAUUAUGUGAAUUCUCUGCUAAAUAUUUAUUAA